AUGGCGCCGGUCGACACCCUGGCUGCGGCCGGGUCCAGCUCCUACUCGUCGAACACACUCGAGGUCGGCGACGGGACCUGGGACUAUACCAAGAAUGAUUUUCUGCUGCCCAAUCUCGAGGGCCUCAACUUUGCAACGAUGCGCUACAAUGGAAUGGGCAACCGGUUCUCCAGCAUCGCACAGUACCAUUCGCUAGUGACGGGCCAUGCGGUCAUGGGAGCCAUCACGUUCCUGGUACUCAUCCCGAUCAGCGUGAUGAUUGCGCGGUUCAGCCGAAGCCGGUCGGGCCAUGCGAUACGCUACCACACGUACCUCAACGUGGUGGCGGCCAUGUUCUCGACGGUGGUGUUGAUCCUCGGCUGGUUUGCCGUCGGUCCCCGCCGCAGCCUCAGCAACCCGCAUCACGGCAUCGGGAUCGCCAUCUACACGCUGAUCAUGGUGCAGACGAUUGGCGGCCGACUCGUUCGCCACCUUGCCGGGCGCCACUCGCUGCGUCUAAAUCUGCACCGCUGGACUGGCCGUGCCGUUGCCCUGCUGGGCAUCGUGCAGGUGCCGCUGGGCCUGACGCUGUACGGCUCGCCCAAGGUGCUCUUCAUUCUGUUCGCCAUCUGGAUGGCCUUUUUGCUGCUGGUCUACUUUGUUCUCAGCCACCGCCAGGGUGGUAGCUACCGUUCCGGCUCGUACCACAGCAGCAGACGGUCGUCAGGGCGCAAGUCGACGGUGGUCGGAGGCAGUAGCGCCGGUGGUAGCAGCGGUGGCGGCAUGAUGCGCUGGAUAGCGCCUCUGGCGGCCGGAGCAGGGGCGUGGGCGCUCUUUCGAGGCCGGAACAAGGCACGAUCUCGCAGCCGGUCGCGUGUGGACAGUCGAUCCCGUGCGGACAGCCGGAGUCGCAGCCGGAGUCGCAGCCGCAGCUUCAGUCGCAGUCGAACGGACAUGAUGUCGUCACACCGAGGCUCAGAGAGCUUUGUGGAGGACGAAAAGUACCGCAACAAGAAGCCAGCGGGCGGUGGGUUCAUGAGCAAGAUGAUGGCGGCCGGAGCAGCCGGCGGGGCGGGUGCACUUUUCAGCAAUCUGCUAUCGAAGCGCAAGGACCGCAACCGGGACGAGGAGUACUCGGCCGUGGAAACGGACACGCCUAGCCGAUACGGCCGCAACAGCCAGGUGAGCCGGGCGCAGCGCCCACCACCGCGACGACAGCCGAUACCCCAGAGCGAGAUCAGCAGCUACUUUACGGAAGACGAGAGCAGUCGACUGCCGGCGCGGACAACAUCGCCGACGCCGGCCUCUCGCCGUGGCCACGGUGUGGGCAAAGCAGUUGCAGUAGGAGCAGCGGCCGGAGCCGCAGCAGGGGCAGCAAGCUCGUCCCGACGCAACAAUGACUAUGACGGCAGCAGCAUCAGCAGGCCGGUGACGCCGCCGCGGCCGUCACACCAGCGGCAUCAGUCGGUGCAGGACAACGACGACGUAUCGGACGACUCGCCGUACCAAAGCCCGUCGCAACGGACGCCAGCGGCGACGAGACCGGGCAACACGGCAAAGACAGGAAUGUUUGGCGGGAUGGGGCUCGGGUGGAUCGCGAAUAAGAUUCGGGGAGGCCGGACGGCAGCAGAGGACGAGGAUGACGGGCGAUUGGGAGGACAAGGCAAUCCGACGCCGUUGCGACGGGACCGGCGGUCGGAGACGGGAGGAAGCGGACGACCACCGACACGGAUGCAGUCGAUGUCAGACAUGACGGACUCGGUGUUGGAUCCAGUGAGCUCGCUGGCACCAGCGGCACCAGUGAUUCCCGGCCAGGGGACGUCGAACCCGCGGCGGUCGGGACAGGUGUCGAUGCCGGCGAUGCCGGACUCGGAUGUGUCGUCUGUCCUGCCGACGGUCCUGCCACAGCGACAGCGACGAGACUCGCAGGGGCAGGGAGAGAGCAGCCGACGAGCAGAGCGAGAACGAGAACGAGAACGAGAACGAGAACAGGAGCGACGACCAACGAAUUCGGGUGGCGGCAGCAGCAGCAACAACCCGGUGAGCGUGCGGCUGCGGGUGCAUGACGACCGUGGCGGCAACGUCACUUUGCGGCGGUUGACGGAUGAGGAGGCCGCAGCAGAGCGCGCAGGCGGUGGCAGCCAGCAGCAGUUUCAACCGGCGCCAUCGCAGCUGCACUCACAGCCAUCACAGCCGUCCCAGCGGUCGCAGCAGCCGCGACGACGAUACGACGACUCGGCGAGCAGCCUGUCAGAGGUGGACUCGCCAAGCACACGACGAUACCGACGCGACUCAAACGGCAUUCGGAGGGCAGAGCAGUCAGCUGAGCGGCGGACGACAGAGGCCCAGCAACAGAUGCAGUCGCCGCCCCAGCUGCAGCUGACUAAUCCGUCCGAGAGCACGGUGCACGCGCCAUUGGAUCCCCCGAAUCCACCGUUUGCAGGUGGCCGGCGGCCCAAGGACUCGACGUACUAUUCGGGCGGGGCUGCAGCCGGUCGCGGUGGUGGCGGCGAGAGCCACGACGAGCACGAGGCCGAGAGCAGUGUCGGCGCUGCAGGACCAUCGAACAACAACAACAUGAUGCACCCGGCAGGACCAGAUCAAGGCACGCUGUCCAGCAUAGUCAGCCAGGACACACACGGGACGUGGAGCGCCAUGAGUCCGUCGCCACGGGGACGACGUGCAGCCGCUCGUCCGGGGUCGAGCGGGCGGCAGGGCAGUGAUGGCGCAAGCACGCUGGCGCCAGACCUCUCGGGACCAUCAGCAGCCGAACGGCGGCGGAGAAGGCGGCUGGAGAGAAGCGAGACGAGCAGACAGCCGUCGCGGGUGGACUACCAAUAG